AUGUCGACAACACCGCCCCAAGUUCGGAAGCGAAAAGCUGCCAUACACGAGUCUGGUACUUUGACGCCGAAAAGAGCUCGCAAAAAUGCCAGCACCAACACAACCGGCAGCGACGAGGAGAAGGUAUGGGAGAGCAUUGUAGAGGACAUGGAAGUGGACACGCCAGCACGGGAGUACAGCGUAUCGGCUUCACCGGCAUACUCAAUCCCAUCUUCUGUAGGCCAGUCUGUAGCCGAGACCACGGCGACAUCGACAUCAAAAAAGCCGAAAAAGUUCUUAUGUGAAGUGGCUGGCUGUGAAAAGGCAUUUGACAGGCCAGCGAGAGUGCAGAUCCACAUGCGGAGUCAUACGAACGAACGACCGUUUGUAUGUCAUGAGGAGGGGUGUGGAAAGACGUUUCUGCGCAAUGAGCAUUUGACCCGGCAUACUAUCGACGUGCAUAGCGAAGCACGAGAUCACGUGUGCACGCAUGUAGUCAGCACAGACGACAGUGGCAACGAGGUGACCUGUGGAAAAACUUUCACGACCGCGACGCGACUUCGAAGGCACUUGGCGGCGCAUGAAGCGAAGGAGGAGACCACAUGCACUCACCCAGGAUGUGGCAAAGUUUUUCGCAAGCAGGAGACAUUACAACGACAUAUUAAGACCGAUCAUCUCAACGAGAAGCCGUUCGAGUGUUCGCAUAUGGAGAUGUUGAGCAAUGGUGAGGUGGAAGAGUGCCACGCCUCUUUCUCCAAACCUGAGCAGCUCAAGAACCAUGUCGCACGAGAGCAUUCUGGUGUCCGCUACUUUUGCGAAAUUUGCUCUCCUGUACCCUCAACCAGCAUGCCAGAUCUGGACUUUGACAUGCUGCAAGCAGCCACUGAGCGAGUCGGUUUCUCCACAUACACCGAACUCCAGCAACAUCUUCGCCUCGCGCAUCCUCCUACUUGCGCUCAGUGUAGCAAGCAAUGCGAAACAAACCGUGCUUUGAAAGCCCACAUGGAUAUCGAGCACUCCGCUCUAUCAGAACGGCAAACUCAUAUCUGCGACUGGCCAGGCUGUGGCCGCGGCUUCACCAAAUCCGGAAACCUCAAAGUGCACUACCAAUCCGUGCACAAGAAAUCACGGAGCUUCAUCUGCGGCGAGACGAACCUUGAGAGCAGUAACAAAGUUGAAGGCUGGAACAGAGUAGGAUGUGGUCAUGGCUUCGGGACGAAAGCGAAUCUGGAGGAGCAUAUCCGAACGCAGCACCUGGGUAUCCCAGCAAAGAUAAAGCCAGUCCGACUACGGAAGAAGGCCAUCAAAGCAGAAGAGGACGCCAGUACGGCGAUGACUACGCCUACCGAGUGGGACGAGGUCAUGACCCCAGCUGAUGAUACAGUCACGGGAACUCUGGCUAUGAUCACUGGACACGGCUACGAUUCCCUUCCGAACCGCAGCAUCGCUUGUCUCGUCUCAGGCUGCCAGCAUCGUUUCGCAACCGACUACCAUCUCUCCGAGCAUCUGGAUAUGACGCACGGCUGGCAAAUCGACGAUAUCAAUGAUCGGAUCGCUGAGCGUGACGCUCUUGCCGGAGGCGACUUCUGGGUUGGUGGUGCGGAGAAUUUGUCGGAUUCUGUUGUUGAUGAACAGGAGGAGGCUUUGAGGAUGAGUUUGACUGCGGCUUUGACAAGAGAUCCGGUGCGCGAGCGGAAGUUUAUGGAGGUGGAGGCGGGAGAGCAGGAGUUUUUGGGGCGGGAGGUUGAGGAGAUGAUGGGGCUGAGGUUGAGGGGUGUUGAGGAGGAGAACGAUUUGGCUGGUUUGGUUAGGCGUGAGGAUGUCUCCGAGGGUGGCAAAUAUGGCGGUGGGGGGAUGCAUGGGUUGAUCAUUGACCCUGCGCUGAUGGAGACGUCGUAG